AUGAGUAUAGAUUUAAAUCAAUUAAUCAAAACAAUAAGAGAAAGAGAUAUCAGAAAAGUAUUAGAUGACUAUAAAGAUAGAAAUGAAUUGAUCAAUGAUCUAUUCGAUGUUUUGAAUACAAAUUUCACUAAAAAACAAAUUGUUAAAGAUUGUUUCUUUGUUUUAUAUGAAAUAGAUUCACAUCACAUCGAUAUAACAAAUACGAUUUGGAAUGAUUUAACAUUGACAACAAAGAUUGAAUUACAAUCGAAAUCAUUAGAUCUUCUUGAAUUGCAACGUAAUUAUAAUAUAAACACGAUCAUCAUUGAAUUCAUCAAGAGUCUUUAUCAUAAUCAUCGAAAUGAAAUAGAUGAAUAUCAAAGUAUAUUACAAUCAAUAUCAAAAAGAUAUAUUAAGAAUAACAAUAUAGAAUUCAGAUAUUCAUGUUUAGAAUUGAUCAAUUUUAUUUUAAAAUCAAAUGCAUCAUCAGAACAAAUCAAUGAAUUUGAAUCAUCACUUUCAAAUAUGAUCGAAAUCACUUUUGAACAAAUCAACGAUACAACAAUGUACUUUAUCAAUUUUUUUCUUCAGAUUACCUUUUCAAACUUUCUUGAUUUAGAGAUAGACGGUGAACCAAUUGUAAGAUAUCUGUCUGCUAGAUAUGAGGAUUUUAUCAAUAAUGAAGCAUUCGACGAAUUAGGUUUCUUAAAUUUCUAUGAAGCAAUAUUUGAAUUGGCUGAUUCAAAUCAGUUGGAUGAGAAUGUGAUUGAACAAUUAUUGGGUUAUCUGGUCGGUGCAUUACAAUCCGACGCCACUGGUGAAGAACUCAAAGAGAAAUUCUUUACUUUUAUUUUAUCACAGUUUUUAAAGUUGAGCGAUGAUGAUAUUAAACAAUGGGAAUCACAGGAAAAAGAGAUAACUGCUCCCAAAUAUGCAAUUCACUGUUUAUAUGUAUUAGUUUCUACACUUCCCCAACUUGUAUACAGAAAUUUUAAAGUACUAAAAGAAAUAGUAGUCGUAUCGGGUGAUUGGAAAAAGAUAGCUGGAUUGGCUCAUUUAGAAACCAUAACUAUCGAAGAAUAUAUCAAAGAUUAUACUUUUAUUGGUGCAUUUAAAUCAUUCUCUGAGUAUUUCACACAUCCAGAACCAUUGUUAAGAGAAAACUAUUUAGAAGUGACACAUUUUAUGCUUAAUACAGUGGAACCAAACGAAGAACAAACCAACGAGAUUUUGGAUACACUAUUGAAAUUGAAUGACAGUCAUCCCAUUGUCCAAAAUUCGAUAUUAAGAACCUUGACGACACUCGUCAGGGUUGCAAAUUCAACAAUCGAUAAGCGAUUAAGUAACAUUACAGAUUAUUUUGCUAAUUAUAUGAAUAUCGAACUACCUACAGCCAUUGUAGAGGGUGUCGUCAAUGUUUUGACAAAUCUUUGCGAAGUAAUGUUUGCAAACAUCGCCAGUCAUGCCAAAGAAUACUUACCAUUCUUUAUGUCGAUCAUUCAUCGAAGCGAUCGAUUCGAUCCGCUAAGUCGUACCACUGGUGCCGCUCUCGAAGCAAUCAGUAUCCUAAUCAUGGAAUCUAAAGGAUCGAUCGAUGAAGAUUUCAAACAUUCAUUGGAAAUCGUUGAGAUAAUUAAGAGAAACAUGCCACCUCACACCAAUAAGAUGAUCAAUGUUCUCGACUUCCAAUGGGAUGAAAUCAAACAACUCUCAAAGGAAUCAUUAAACUACCGUAUUGAAGUCAUCGACAUGACACUGUCUUUAAUUGAAAUUCUUGCCGAUCUACCACAUCUAUAG